UGACUGCCUGCCCGUCUGUCAGGGGGCUUUGCAGCAGCGGGACGAAACACGGCCGACUCAGAGGAAGUUGCUUGGAGUUGGCCGUGCUAGUAUGUAACCUCAUACGAAUUGGCAACAACCUUGGGGUACGAGUGAGGAAGGCAGCGGCAUUCAUGGAUAUUGUGGACACCUUUAACCAUUUAAUACCCAGUGACCAGUUGGAUGACUCUCCGGUGAUAGGUCAGAAUUUGGAGUGUGAAGCCAGUAAUGAGUUUGGGACGGGAGUCAGGCCUGAAGAUUCACUGAAGAACAUGCUCAGUGACAAAGAUCCCAUGUUUGGAUGUGCAACCGCUCAGUCUGGGUUCAAUCUGCUGGACAAUGAAGACACGACUUUUCCAGUUGCUGACCCGGCAGUUAGUGGUAGUGGUUCAGCAUCUACAAGCCUCGGUAAUGAAGUGAAAGUUGCACAAACAACACAAGUCAAGAGGCCUGUUGGCAGGCCAAAAAAACAGCCACGCCAUUCAGAGUCUGCACUUAGUGGUGACUCACAGCCUAGCGUGUCAACCAACACCAUGACCCGAGGACGACCCGGAAGGAAACCAGGCACCAGGCUACGCAAGUCAUUUCUUAUUGAGAAAGGAGUCAAAGGCGCACAACUCAAGAAAGAAUUAACUCUGGGCGGGCGUAUUAACGUUGAAGAUCUUGAUGGCGGAGUAUGGCUUAAUCCUACAGUUAUUUUAAGACGUUUGACAGUCACAAUCGGAGGAUUCAAGAUUGAGUUGCUUCCAGGACCUUCUUACACAGAAAAUGUUGAAACAAGCCAGCCUGACGCCGCUGAAGGUGGUGUGCCUCAUGGUGGGGAUGUUGGUAUUGCCAUUUUGCCAGAUGACACUGUCAAAGUAGAGAAUCCCGAGCCAGAGAACGUCGCAGAGAUGGAUGUAAAUGAGAAGAGCUCUACAGAUGAUGCGGCCCUUGGGCUGGGUCCAUAUGUGAAUCCUAAUGAUGUUCAGACCUCCAAUGGGAGAUUAAUAGCGAGCCCUUCCACACAAGAGACAAAACUUGACAAUCGGCACGUUACUGGAAAGGAACAGCCAGUCAAUAAAGAAAAGGUCAACAACAAAGAGCCAGAGAGCAAUGAGAAUAACACAGCUACUGUUAGAAAUAAGACGGAUGUCAAGGAAGCGCAGCAGAGUGUGGCCAAAGCACUGCCGAAACAAGGACUGACAUCAAAUAAGAAUAAGGACUUGGUUUCUUGUAAAUCAAGCAACAUCAUUAAGGAGCAGAAGACGUCCCAAAACAUACCAUCCAAAAUCAUCCAAAAAGGAGACCUACAGAAAAAGAAAUCUCUGAAGGAAAAGCCAGACAUUUCCCCUUUAAAAAGGCCUGCAGAGACCCAAAGUGAGCAUGCUCCUAAAGUGCAAAAGAUACAGGGUACGGGUGACGUUAAAGCGAAGCCAAAAUUGCCAAGUACACCCGAAGUGAAGAAGAACCCGCCAUCUGCCAGCCGUGCUGGUGAUCAGCAGGCACAAGACAAACAUAUCAGUCCUCAAAACAGCUCCAAAGCUGAGACUGCUCCCCCGGCGCACUCUAAUCCAGGCAAUUGUUUAAAAACACUAGAAGAAAUGGGGCAGGAAAAAUUGAAAGCGAAAAAGGUGGAAAAGAUUCUUCAAAAACAGAAAAGUAAAAACGCAAGGAGCCUCUCCGUGGAUGAGCCGCAGCUGUUUAUUCCAGAUAAUGCUCCUGUUGUGAAGAAGGAAACUGCUGAGGAGCCAGCUGCUAACAGCGAGCCUACAUGGGACGGAAACAACUGUUGCGGCCUGUGUAAAAAUCAUCACAACAACAUGUUCAUGGUGGGCUGUGGUCGCUGUGACGACUGGUUCCAUGGCGACUGCGUUGGUCUUGACCUGACAAAAGUACGUGAAAUGGAGGAGGAGGACCAGAUGUACGUGUGCUUGAAGUGCUGUGAGGAGGAAAGCAAGAAGGUGGAGCCAGAGCCACCAAGUGUCGCCAAGCCAGAAGUUCCAGUAAAAUCUGAAGUGCAGGAUCAGAAGCAGCCUCCUAAGCCCCGUCCAGGACCCUCGCAGACACUCACAUCAGGGGGCGUCAGACCAGUAAGAAAGGAGUCGGAUCGAAGGCAGUCCACUGACGUCAGAGAAGCAGCUCAUAGAACAGGUUCACACCUGAAACAUGAGUCGAAAAGCAGAACUUCAUCUUCAUCUUCAAAGAAACCCGUGUCUGUGGAGGCAAUCAGGCGAAGUGUGCGUGAUUCUCUGAAAGAAAUCCUCAUACAGAGGUUGAAGGAGUCUGAUCUGAACAUCUCAGUGGAGAGAGCCUCUGACGUGGCCAAGAAGACUGAGAGAGAGCUUUUUCAUUUGUAUAAAGACACUGACAACAAAUACAAGAACAAGUACAGGAGCUUAAUGUUUAACCUAAAAGACACUAAAAAUAAUAUACUCUUUAAAAGGGUUCUGAAAGGGGAAAUUUCUCCCGCUAAUCUAAUUCGACUGAGUCCUGAGGAACUGGCCUCCAAAGAAUUGGCAGCUUGGCGACAAAGAGAGAACCGACAUACAAUUGAGAUGAUUGAAAAAGAGCAAAGAGAGGCGGAGAGACGACCCAUCACCAAGAUCACACACAAAGGGGAAAUUGAAAUUGAAAGCCAAGAACCAGUAAAAGCACCAGAGCCUAUAGAGCUUGAGCCUCCUCCUAAAGCUACAGAGGUCUCAUCAGAGCCUCCAGUAUCCCCAGAGAAGAAAGCAGAGACUGCGAAAACAGAGAAAGACACAACAAGCCUACACAAAUCUCACUUAUUUGACCUACACUGUAAAAUCUGUACAGGUCGUAUGGCUCCCCCUGUGGAGGAGGCACCAACCAAAGUGGUCAAAGUUGCCACGACAGUGGUGCGGAGGCAGUCUUCCAAAACGGAGGAGACGAAGAGCCCGGCGAAGCCUGCAGCCGACGAUGACCUGCACCUUACUGUUUUAGAGGAGAGCUUCCGAAGCGCUCAGUCGGGUUAUGAAGGACGGUCUAAUCACAUCGCUGGAAGAGAGGAAGAAGCUGCUUUCCUUUCCAACCUGCAGUCCCUGUGGCGAGGAUUCAUUCAAAUGCACUCUGUGGCCAAACUUGUGACUAAAGCAUUUCCUGUCUCUGGCAUUUUGGACAACUUGACUGAGGACCUUCCAGAUAGCAUUCAAGUUGGAGGGAGGAUAAGUCCUCAGACAGUGUGGGACUACCUGGAGAAGAUUCGAGCAACUGGAACAAAAGAGGUCUGCCUGAUUCGCUUCUCCCCUGAGGCGGAGGAAGAUGAGAUCUCCUAUACUCUUCUGUAUGCCUACUUCAGCAGUCGUAGGCGUUUCGGGGUGGUGUCCAAUAACCUGAAACAAGUUAAGGACAUGUAUCUCAUUCCAUUGGGUGCCACGGAAAAAGUUCCACAUCAGCUUGUUCCUUUUGAUGGGCCAGGUUUAGAAAACAACCGUGGUAACCUUCUGCUCGGACUCAUUAUUCGCCAGAGACCGAAAAGGGACUUUCUUCCCGUGGAUGUGAACGAAUCUGCCAGGAUUAUUCCUGAAAUCAAGCCAGUCGCCAAUUCCACAAAAGAAACCAGAGCCGCCGAGGAGGAUGAGAAGUUUUUCCUCUCUUCCUUGACGGCUCCACAUAAAAAAGAGAAGGAAAAAACACUUACAACUACUGAAGAUGUCGAGGCGACAACUGAGGCCUUUGAAGAACCCCCUGCACCCGAAGAGACCAACAGUCAGGAAUCCCAAAAACCACUUCGCUUUCUUCCAGGUGUGCUAGUGGGCUGGGGUGGUGAAUUACCACCCCUGCCAGAUUUUGGAAGAAAACCUGCAGCAACGCCACAAGACGCCCAGAAGACACCGCCCGCUCUGAAAACAGAAGCACCGACCGGGAACGUAAAAAGUCCGACAGCUGCAGCACCACGAGAUCGCUUUGUCAUCAAGAAGAAAGAAGCUAAACCCGUUAAAGCCGAACCAGAGCCAUCGAGCCCGGCUGACGCACCUGCUGCUAACAACGCGCUGAGGAAAGAUGCUGCAGCGGUGAUCCACAGUGCAGCGGUCUCGCUGAAAGAUAAGCCUCCAGAUGUAUCGACUGAGGCAUUCCUGGCGAGCCUGUCGGCGGCUCCGAGUGGGACUGAAACUAGCAGCGCUGCCUCUGCAAACAAAGACGACGCCGGCCUUUUGUCUGAACCCGAAAAAGGAGCAACUGAAGGGAAUUCUUCGUCGCAGUCAAAACCCCAGACUGCCUCAGAUCACACAAAUGGCUCAAAACCUCCUUUAAGUGGAAUAUUGAAAAAAUCCUCAGCGUAUUCCACUGUGAAUGAAGAUAAGACAACGGUGCUACAAAAGGAUAAAGCCAGUCUCCCAGAUCCUUCUAGCUCUAAACCCGUUCCCUUGUUGAGCAGCAUCAGAAACAAUCCAGUCGUACCGUUUCACCAAGGAUAUUUACAACUUUCUCAGGCCAAGCGCAAGCCUGAAGAGCAAAGCCAAACUGUGACCCAAUCAUUACCCAGUAAAACGGAAGACGCCGACACCGUCCAGGCGGCUGCUGUAGUAACUCAGACACCUCCUACAGUCCAGGAACCUCAAGCAGAGUCCAACACAGAAGCUCCAGAGCCCCGUCAGGACUCAGCGACGGCACCAGUUCUCCCGGCAUACAACACCGCAGCACCUUUCCCCUUGCAGCAGCAACAGCCUCAGGUACCUGGCAGCUGUGAUUACCCGAUCACCUCUGCUCCGAACCCACACACCCAGGACCAGAACCAUAGUUCGCAGUGGGCACAGGACAGCGCCGCACAGGCUCUCCCUGGAGUUCAGUCGCAGUACGCCGAGAGUUACUCCGAGCCUCCCGGGCGACCCCCGUCCCUGGCCAAAGACUACAAACGCAUAGAGGAGCGCUACAGCGACCCGUGGGAGAGGCCGCGCAACACAGAAGACCGAGACCACCAAGGGAGGCACAGCUACCACAGGGAUUCGCAUCACGGCAAAAAGAGCAGACACCACGACCGGGAGCGGGAGAAAAAGCACGAGCGCAGCCAGGAUGACAAGUACAGGGAGAAGAGCCGGCACCACGGACACUCGGACGACCGCUACGGAGAGAAGAGGAAAGAGAGGCACCACAGCGAUGACUACAGCAGCCGCCACAAGGACAGACACAGACACAGACGAGACUCUGAUUACGAGAAUGGACGGAGAGGUUCAAAAGACAGUUACUCAUAAUUCGGUUGUGUUGUUUUUUUUUUAAAGAGCUUGGGCUCU